AUGCAGCAAAUGAUUCUGGUUGUGGCUUUUCUCGCAAGCAUCGCCGCUUCCGAUAGCGGAUGGGGUACCAUGACGGCCGCACAAAUCGAUCAAUUCAAACAGUCACUUGGAGAAACAGAUGUUAACAAAUUUGACGCUGCACUUGCGCGGGCUCGUGCUGCGGCUGCCGCUGAAGAAAUCCCUGAGAGCCGACCUGGUGUUGAUGAGCCAAUCAUUGUUCCAAAGACAAAAUCCAAUCUUGCAGAAGACACAAUUUCUCAAAUCAACACAAAGACCGGAGUGGCCCCACAUCUCUACCACGGAGAUAUGAUUCUGACAAAUAAGCAAAUCGAUGUUGUUAUGCCUGCCAGUGGAGCUGCCAGUCGCAAAAAGCGUCAGGCUCAGUGGCCGGCCGAGCUUUGGGCUGGCCGAACUGUCUACUACACGUUUGCCACUGGUGCCGCUGCUCUGAGUGCCAGAGCCAAACAGGUCGCUUUGUUGGGCAUUGAUCAAUGGAGAAAAGCGACGUGCAUCAGCUUUGUUCAGUCAGCCACCGCAAAAAACCGCAUUCGUUUCUUCAAAGGCGACGGCUGUUACUCGAACGUGGGAAUGACUGGCGGAGUGCAGGAUCUCUCGCUCGGCGAUGGAUGUGAAACGAUUGGCCACGCUGCGCACGAGCUCGGCCAUGCGCUCGGCUUCUGGCACACACAAUCACGAUGGGACCGAGACACGUUCCUCAAUGUGAUUCUAGCAAGAAUCCCCGCCCAAUGGAGAGACCAAUUCUCAAAGGAAACCUCUGCGACCAAUCACAAUUACGGAGUGACUUACGAUUAUGGAAGCAUCAUGCACUAUGAUGGAAGAGAGCUCUCUUCAACCAAUCAAUACUAUGCACUCACUAAGCUUGCACCAACAUACCAAGACAACAUUGGCUCCUAUAUUCUCUCUUUCAACGAAAUCGUGAUGAUGAACGCUCACUAUGGAUGCCCAACAAAAUGCACGAGCGGGGCUACUUGUUUGAAUGGUGGGAUCAGAAAUCCACGAGCUUGCAACCAGUGUCUCUGCCCUUCCGGCUGGGCUGGAACCCAGUGUGCGGCUAGGCCAGCCGGUUGUGGAGCCGCGUUGACGGCCACGGCGGCCGCUCAGACGACAACGAUUGCUGCUGGAAGUGCCAGCAUGGGCCAAACGAAUGCUUUCGCUAUGUGCAACUAUUUGAUUAGAGCGCCGGCUGGGAAAAAAGUGCAGAUAGUCUUGACGACGCUGACCAACAACGAGUGUGUGGAUGGGUGUUACCAUGGCGGAAUCGAGAUCAAGGCCAUGUCCGAUCACAGAUACACCGGAAUUCGG